CUGGCGGAGGCCCACCCGGCCCCGAGCCGGACCGGUCCACAAGAAUUCACGACGAGGAGGACGAGGACAUCACCGAGCGGGAGGACGAGGAAGAGGACGAGGAUCCUUGCAGUUCGCCAGAGCCCGACCUUGAAAACGAUUCCGAACCUAUGGAGAUCCAAACCUCGGCUGUCACCGCGGCAGCCGCGAACCUCCACGCGCUACGCCAACACGUAUUUAAGAUGUCGGAUUACUGGCAGCAACCGCAACGUGGUCCGCCUCAACAUUCACCCGGGAUACAGCAUAGUCCCAUCUCAAAUUCGACACAGCAUCAGCAGCAGGUCCAGCAGAUGCACAGUCCGCUCGGACAGCAGCAGCAGCAGCAACAGCAGCAACAACAACAGCAGCAGACUGCGGUUUCGCAAGUACAGCAGAACACGAACGCGACACUCGGCCAAACAGCUAGUCCUCAACAACAGAUGCAGCAACAACAACAGCAGCAUGCAUUGUCGAUGAACCAAGCUAAUCAGGGCCCACAGCAUCAGUCUUCCCCAGCACCGACGACACCGUCACCACAGGCGGAUCAUCAAGGCGCCAUUGCCUCCAGUAUGGCCCAGAGUCUGCACAGCCUCGCCCAGGCGCAACAAACAAUGUCGCAGGCGUCAAGUCCAUCGUUGGCGGUCCAGGCCGUCCAGGCGGCUCAGGCGCUCAAUCAGAACCUGGGCCAAGCGCUAACACAAGCGCUCACGCAAAACAUGCAGCAAAAUCUCGGACAAACCCUACAGCAUAAUUUGGCGCAGAGUUUAACGCCGAGUUUGUCGCCGCAACAACAGCAAUUACUUAACCAGCCGCAAAAUUUAAGCCAAGCGAGUCAGAGCCUGCAACAGAACAUUCAAAGUCAAGCGCAGAAUUUGUCACAGACGCUACAGCAGCAGGCGCAGAAUCUCACGCAGAAUCUUGGCCAGGCGCUUAAUCAGCAAGCAUUACAACAACAGGCGCAAAAUCUUACGCAGAAUCUACAGCAAGCGCAAAAUCUCACCCAGAAUCUGCAACAACAGGCGCUCAACAUGGCUGGCACCAUCGCGCAGAACGGUGGUCUCGCCGGUAUGAACAUGUCGGGCACUCAACAGCAGAAUUCACAGAACUCCAUGCUAAGUCCAGGCGCGACCAGUCAGGACUCCCACGACGCCACUCUCACGGAGAAGCUCGUCAACGAGUUACAGUCUCGUGCCUCUGCGGCGGGGCUUGGAGGUGCAGUAGGUGCCGGCGGUGGUGGAGGAAUGGGCAACAUCAGCGAACGCACCCUCGAGGAAUGCUGGUCUACCCUGCAGCGAAUCUUCAUGCACAAGAGCGCGAUGCAGAUGCACGCGAGGGAGCUGGGCGCGGGUGCACUGACGGCGAGGCCCGGCGGCGGCGUCGCCGGUGGUCUGGCCGGUUUGGGUGUCGGUGUCGGCGUCGGCGUCGGACCAGGCGGCAUGAUCACCAGCAACGAAGUUAAGCCGCACCAGUGCCAGCAGUGCCUCAAGUCGUUCUCCAGCAAUCACCAACUCGUGCAACACAUCAGGGUCCACACUGGCGAGAAGCCGUACAAGUGCAGCUACUGCGAUCGCAGGUUCAAGCAGCUCAGCCACGUGCAACAGCAUACACGACUGCAUACGGGUGAACGACCGUACAAGUGCCAUUUACCGGACUGCGGGCGGGCCUUCAUCCAACUGUCGAAUUUGCAACAACACCUGAGGAAGAAGAACCGGCCGUUCCACUGCAACAUCUGCGGCAAGGGUUUCGCCACGGAGUCCAGCCUCCGUACCCACACGUCGAAGGUCAGUCAUUGUUCGAAGUACCCAUGGCAACGAUUAAAGGAGUUGCAACAGCGUGUUGUGUUCCAGCAACACGCCGCCCUGAUCGGCGGUCCGAACGCAACCAGCUGUCCAGUAUGCCACAAACUCUUCCUCGGCGGUGAGGCGUUGAUGGAGCAUAUGAAGCAUACCCACAAGGAUCCAAACGCCUCUGGAGUUGCCAUUCCCUCCGCUGACUGCACAACCUCCGUUGCCGGGGUUUACCUAGCGAAGCGACGGACCGCCAACCACCCGUGCCCAGUGUGCGGGAAGCACUACGUCAACGAGGGUAGCCUUAGGAAGCAUCUAGCCUGCCAUCCUGAGACCAGUCAACUUAGCACAAGCCUCAGGAUGUGGCCGUGCUCGGUGUGCCAAGCCGUCUUCACUCAUGAGAGCGGUCUCCUGAGCCACAUGGAGCACAUGAGGAUGGAUCCGAAACAUCAAUUCGCGGCGCAGUAUGUGCUAAGCCGCGCGGCCGCUGAGAGGCGGGAAAGGGAGAUUCUCGCGAGUUCGAGUUUAGGAGCAGGUUUAGGCGUGUUGGGAGGAAGUCAAUCUGGAGGACCGCAAAAUUUGCAACAACCACCAAUGUGCCCGUCACCGUCGGCCCAUUCGGAUAGCAGUAGCGGCAAUGGAAGACUGUCGUCGGCCGGUAGUGAACCUGAUUUUUGCGCAGGCACCGGUCUACUGAAUAACAACAACAAUAAUAACAACAAUAACAUGGCGUCACCGGGACCGAGUGGCAACAAGCUCAGCGAGAUACUCCGAACGGGAAGUCAACCGGGUUCGGCACAGCAAUAUCACGAUGAGAUGCAGUCGCAGCAACAACGCAUGGCUGUCAUGGCCGCCGUGUCAGCGGGAUUGCAAAAUUCCGUAUCGCCUAAUCUCUCGCCGGUCGACAUGGCAUCGCUGGCGGCGGCUAUGAGAAUGGGCAAUAACGGUGAUAUGAGCGGAGGUACUCAAGGAUCGACGGGACCCCAACAACAGGGAGUGCAAGCGAGUGGACCGGAGCAAGCUCUGAGAAUGCAUCAAGCGGAAGCUUUGCUCCGUUCCCAAGCCGAAGCUGCCCUACGACUUGCGGUAUCUCAAGCGGCGGCAGCCGCGGCGAGUUCCGCAGUGGGCGGCGACGUAAGGCAUCAUUUGGGACAGCAUAACGGAGGCAGCACCUCCGGUAUGCCGGGACACCAUACGAAUCAACAAAUGUCCCAACAGGAUACUCUAACGCCGGAUCUCGGAGAAGCGCUACGACUACAGGAACAGCGAUUAGAGCAGGCCCUCAGGCUUCAUGGCGGCGAUCCGCGCGCCCUGAGUUUCACUCUGGCUCAACACGUCGUCAACCAGCAAAGCAAUCAGCAACCAUGAAAAUUCAGUUACUACUGAGACGAGUGGACCCCUUGGGCGCCGGAUCAGACGACCCUGCAGCAGAACGAACGCAUGAAUCAGCAACACUCGCAAUCGUCGACGGAGCGCUCGACACCGUUGCACGAUCAGCAGCAGCAGCAACAGCAGGGCCCGUCUACUAUCGGUCAUCACCAACAGCAGCAGCAACAGCAGCAGCCUGAAGACCGUGGCGUCAAGAGAAAAGCCGACGAAAUGAUCGGUAACUCCGAAAACGCGUAAGAGCGAUUACGCUCGUUACGAUCGACAUGUCAUUGUCAUCGUUGACGUAAUUCGCUCCUGCGCCCAAGUGCGGUCGCCAGAAUUUCACUCACUGUCUCAGCAGUAAGAAAACAGAAACAAACGGAAGGACUUUGUGAGAAAGAAUAUGUACUUCGGUGUCUUCCUACUCGGAUAGAACCGAUAUCAGGCCGGACCUCAACCGGAAAUUAAUCGAGGGUAUCAUCCUCGGUUGACGAACUCUCCGGAUGGGGCCAUGCCAGACGAUGGAAGGAGAGUGAGAAUACGUACGUGUAUAGCAAAACCGUUGCACGGCACGAGGCGGUUAAAAUCGCAGUGGCGACGGUCGUCUCUCGCGAUUCCCCGCGCGCUUCCUGCGCGGUUCCGCGUCGUUCCUACACCGGUCCUGAAUGAAGGAUCUGUCGAACGGAAUUCGCGAUAGUGUUCUCACGUUGUCUUCGUAUUCCGUUAGGAUUCUCAGGACACGUCGCCACUACCGUACCACCGUCUCGACUUCCGAAACGUGCCAUAAUAACUAACGAGAAGUUGCUUAAAAAACAACAAUAGUAAGUCAUCUCGGUUAUCCUAUUUCAGGGUAAUCCGGGGUGCGCUCUGAGGUACUAUGAUCUUUUAGUACAAGAGCCGAUUAAACGGUAUGCGACGGUAUCGAGGGUCCAACGGGCGAUCCUCGACCGUCUCGUGCUGGCCAGGCUCAACAAACCUAAACUAUAUAUAAAUAUUAUACAUAGAUACGUCUAACUCCACCGAACCGCGCUUAAAAGGUUCCACCCCCUUAAAUCCCCUAAUCGUAAAAGGUCCCGUAAUGCUUAAAAAGCGAAUCGCACACCAAUAACAUCCACGUACACAGGCUCAUCAUAACGUGUGCAUCACGUGGUCGCGACGAACGUUUCACCACCGGCGAGUGGUGCCAUAUUGUCGCGUUGUACGGUUGUUAAUUAUAUACGUACCGAAAUCCCCUUCCCCGUGUGUGUGUGACAGACGCGACGCAAUCCGUACGGACGUUUUCUCACUUGUGAUCAACGUUUCGCGCGACGACAAAGCGACGUUGACAUUUCGCGCACGAGAAAGGAACGUCGUCGGACGUAACGCGUCGGCACAGAUACGUACGCACACACACGAGCAUACACACGUAAAUACAUUACACAUACAUUACACAUAUGUACACAUGUACAAUACAUAUAUUACAAAACUCAUCAGCAGCACACUUUUAAGGUAAAGAUAUAAAUGCGCGCAACUUGUGCUCGUCGGUAGCACGAAAACUAUUAGCUCAUAAGCGGACAAACAAAAUAUAGUUAUUACAAACAGUUAUAUUAUAUAUAUUAUAUAUACAUACAGAGUAUGAAGAGUAUGACAGAGACAAAAAAAACCGGGCGAAACCCAUUCACACUUACACGUUUAACUGAAGGUGCGGUAAGCGUGAAAGAGCGAGCAUUUUUCGUGAGCAAAGCACGCGACGAAGAAGAGAGAAAUAAAAAACUAAAUGCUAAAUAUUAUAUAUAUUAUAUAUAUAAAUAUUAUAAAUAAUGAAUAUAGGGUCUAUGAGACUAGGAUAGUUAGGCGAAAGGGAAAUACGAGCGAAUGCGGAGCGCGCACCCGCGUAGGUUUUACGUGAUUCUAAGUAUUGUCGAUGUAAGAAUGCGACAGCACAGAAGCAGAGGUGGACAUGUGCAAAAGCGAGAAAGAGAGAGAGAGUAAAAGAGAGAGAGAAAGAAUAUGUGAAUGAUUUUACGAAUGAACGACCUUGGGAUCGACGUAGACACACGGGCGCGCCGUUGAGCGAAUGAUUUGAUCGAGUAAACGUGAAUGCUUCGUGAGCAUCAAGGAGGAGCGAAUGAGAAGACGAGAGUGAGAUUUUAGAAUGGCAUGCUUCAGGUAAUCUGAGGUCCUGUGAUCGUUAUAAGAAAUAUUUUUUUAUUUCCGGGUAAUAUAAUCUGAAACGCGUAAAACUCUUGCGUCGUUUUGAACUUUUACUUGCAAUAUACCGUUACGUUCUCGCAAUACUUAGGAUGAAGAA